UAACAAGUUAUGUUUGAAUAGAUUAUGAGUGAUGCUGUCCUGUUAGGGUUCGGUUAGGUUGCUUCUCAUAGGGCUGCGCGUGGAGGUAUUCCCUUAAUAUCUGACUCCGGUUCAGGACUGACCGUCGAGAAUGACGGCGAAAGCGGGCUUAGUCAAAGGGCUGCGUUUUGCGAUGGGUCGUGGCCAGCCAUCAAUAUCGAUGGCCAGUCUUGCCUUCGGUGGCGCAGCCCUGGUUGGGGGAACGGCAUACUUCACAUACCGUUACACAAAGGCGCACACAGCAGUGCAGCAGGAAGGCGAUGGGCCUAUCGACCCGGGAACUAGCUUCCGUGUGUUCGACCAGAUAGCCCAGAAGUACGACGACGCUAUCGGCCAGGAGGAGGCGGCUCUCUGGUACGGCAUGAUGCGCAAAUGGCUCCUGCGCGAAGCUCGGGGCGAGGUCCUGGAAGUCUCCGUGGGCACGGGUCGUAACUUCGAGUACUACGACUUCGCCGCCAGCGGCAUCAAGUCGCUCACGUGCACGGACCUCAGCCAGCACAUGCUGCUGCGCGCGGAGGAUAAGUUCUUCGACGAGCUGCAUCUGGGGCACAAGCACCCCAACGUGCGGAUCAACUUCUGCCUGGCCGAUGCGCACUGCCUAGUGGACCCCAAUGCGAAACUGCCGCCGAAACCCGAACCACCGGUGGAGAAGAAGGAGCCGAGCGCCGCCGCUGCGGUGGCGCCGCGGCCCCGGCCCCAGCCGCUGCCUGAAGUGGAUCCCGCCAGCGCUCCUUGGUGGGCCUACUGGAGGCGGCUCCCGCCCGUGGAGCGGCCCAAGCCGGCGGAGGCAGCACCCAGCAGCGCUCCCAGCGAGGCAGGACAGCCCGCCAGCAGCACGGAGGCUGCGGUCUCAGGAGAUGCCAUGCCCGGGUUACACGCCGGGGGCCUGCUGAACUUCUUCCGCGUGCUGUUGCCCUCUUCUGAUGGAUCGAAGCAGGCGCCAGCAGCGGCGGGCGAGGCGGCCAGUGCUGAGGCAGCGGGCGGAGCCAGCUCACAUGAGCAUGCUGAGGCCUCGUCGUGCUGCUCUUGCCACAGCCACUCGCGCGGCUAUAGCCAGCGGUGCUCUUCAGGCCAGCAUGAGUCGGGUGCGCCGCUGCAAAAGUUUGCGCCGCGCCAGUUUGACACCGUGGUAGACACCUUCGGCCUGUGUUCUCACGAGGAUCCCGUGCAGGCGCUAAAGGAGAUGGCACGUGUCUGCAAACCGGGGGGGAAGAUCCUACUUCUCGAGCACGGGAGGUCACACUACGACUGGCUGAACGAUAAGCUGGACUCCUCGGCGACGAACCACCAGCGCAAGUGGGGCUGCCUUUGGAAUCGUGAUAUUCUGGGACUUAUCAAGGAGGCUGGGCUCCAGGUUGACAAGGUCACCCGGUGGCAUUUCGGCACAUCGUACUACAUCAUUGCCCGCCCAUCCGUCCGCUGAAAGCCAGCUGAUAUACU